GUCCGGGAGCGUGGCACAGAACUGGCGUGAGAUAUUCGAUUUUGUAACGCAGCUGACAGAAAGAUUCGUGAGCCCGAAGAUGAGAUUAUCCUUUAUUGUGUUUUCCACCCAGGCACACAUCAUUAUGCCAUUAACUGGAGACAGAGAGAAAAUCAAGAAGGGUCUUAAGGAUUUGGAGGAGGUGAAACCAGCUGGUGACACAUACAUACACGAAGGAUUAAAACAGGCCAACGUGCAGAUUGCGAAGCAAGGAGCCUCAAGGUUUUCAAGUAUCAUCAUUGCAUUGACAGAUGGCAAGCUAGAUGGUCAGAUUCCCUUGUAUGCAGAGAAAGAGGCCAAGAGAUCCAGAGAGCUGGGAGCUAGAGUUUACUGCGUUGGUGUCCUUGAUUUUGUACAAGAACAGCUGGAAAAAAUUGCUGACACAAAAGAGCAAGUCUUCCCUGUCACUGGAGGAUUCCAAGCACUUAAGGGGAUAAUCAAUUCUGUUUUGAAGCAGUCAUGCACUGAGAUUCUAUAUUUGGAGCCAUCCAGUGUCUGUGUGGGAGAGGAGUUUCAAGUUGUUCUUAGAGGGAAUGGCUUAACCCUUGGUGGGAAGACUGAUGGCAUUACUUGUACCUAUCAAGUGAAUGGAACUACCAUUUAUGAAAAACCAAAAACAGUGGAAUCUGAUUUUUUGCUCUGCCCUGCACCCAUCCUAUACAAAAGCGGCCAAACUCUGGAGGUUUUGGUGAGUUUGAGUGAAGGGCAAUCUUUCAUGUCCAGCUCGUUGACAAUCACUGCUUCAGAGUGUUCCAGCGGAGUAGCAGCACUGAUUGCCGUUCUUGUGCUGUUACUGCUGGUGGCACUGGGUCUGCUCUGGUGGUUCUGGCCCCUCUGCUGCAAAGUGGUCAUCAAGGAUCCCCCUCCACCGCCGCCAGCUCCAAAAGAGGAGGAAGAACAAGAGCCCUUGCCUUCCAAGAAGUGGCCCACAGUGGAUGCUUCCUACUACGGUGGACGAGGAGUUGGAGGAAUUAAAAGGAUGGAGGUGCGCUGGGGGGAUAAGGGAUCCACCGAGGAGGGAGCUAGAUUAGAAAAGGCAAAAAAUGCUGUGGUGAAACUCCCAGAAGAAUCAGAAGAACCUUUUCAUCCUAAACCACCCAAACCAAAGCCUACCUCACCAGUCAUUCAGGAGAAGUGGUACACGCCGAUUAAGGGCCGGCUGGACGCGCUGUGGGCGCUGCUGCGCAGGCAGUACGACAGAGUCUCGCUGAUGCGGCCGCAGCAAGGAGAUGAGGGCCGAUGUAUCAACUUCACCCGAGUUCAGUCUCAGUAGAGGAGGAGAAGAGGAUCCCAGGAGGACAGCCAGCCACAUUGCCACUUCUCAACCGAGCAGAGCGACCCAGCACGCCCGCGCAUUCCCUGGACCACGCUCCAGCCCGACCCCAGAAGGUUUUUGCGUUCCCGCUCCCAGGAGCCAGCGUGGCUGUGCCGGGCACCACAUCCCAGCCAGCGCCGACACU